AUGGUCGCCUACACGCCCCUACCGCUCUCGGCCUCGCAGCGCAAAGAGCUCAUCGCUUCUGCCCUCUCCGCUCGCGACGCCUCGUACUCGCCGUACAGCAAGUUCCGCGUCGGGGCGUGCCUCCUCACCGAUGCGGGCCAGUUCGUCAAGGGCGCCAACGUCGAGUGCGCGAGCUACGGCGGCGCCAUCUGCGCCGAGCGCACCGCCGUCGUCAAGGCCGUCUCGAGCGGCACCAAGCGCUUUGUCGGCCUCGCCGUCACGUCCGACGUCGACGGCAUGGUGAGCCCGUGCGGUAUCUGUCGCCAGGUCCUGCGCGAGUUCUGCCCGCUCGAGAUGCCCGUCCUCCUUGUGCCUGCCUCGUACGAGGAGGGCAAGACGGGGACGACGACGGCCGUCGAAGCCGAGAAGGGCAACACGCAGGGCGUCGUCGUCGAGACGACCAUGGGCGAGCUCCUCCCGCUCUCGUUCGGCCCCGACGACCUCGAGAAGCCGCGAACGGGCGCAGGCAGCUCGUAG